UCAGCUCAUUAUAAUAAAUGCUUUCGUCAUUUUGUUUAGGCGCGAAUUCCUUUGAACUAUCACGCUGACAACGUUAGUUUACCUGGGAGUCUCGUCGUCUUUAAACAAUUAAGUAUUUUAUGUCUUUCCGCAGCUCGCCGCCAAAGUGUUCCCAACAAAAAUGAUUGGACAGAAAACUAUCAAUUCUUUUUUUUCGCCGGUAUCGAAAAAGAGAGUUUCUAAUGAGGUAAACGAACCAGAGGAGACCGCUAAAGAACCGAAGAAGCAGAAAUGCGCUUCGGUGCUGGCGGAGCAGCAAAGUCCGCCUUCCAGUCCUCUCUCCCCGGAGCAGCUGGAAAGGAUAGCUCGCAACAAGAGAGCGGCGCUGGAGAGGCUGGCUUCCGCUCAGACUCCUCCAGGGUUCGGGGAAAGCUGGAGGAAGGAGCUGGCUGCUGAGUUUGGAAAGCCCUACUUCAGACAGCUGAUGCAAUUUGUUUCUGAAGAGAGGAAACGCCACACAGUUUACCCACCUACUGAACAAGUGUUCACCUGGAGCAAGGUGUGCAACAUCACAGAUGUUAAAGUGGUCAUUCUAGGUCAAGAUCCAUAUCAUGGUCCAGGCCAAGCGCACGGACUGUGCUUCAGUGUGAAAAGACCAGUUCCUCCUCCUCCAAGUUUGGAGAACAUGUACAAAGAGCUGGCCACAGACAUCGACGGCUUUCAGCAUCCAGGCCAUGGCGACCUGACUGGAUGGGCCAGACAAGGUGUGCUGCUGCUCAACGCCGUGCUGACUGUCAGGGCGCACCAAGCUAACUCCCACAAAGACAGAGGCUGGGAGACCUUCACUGACGCUGUGAUUCAGUGGCUCAGCAGCAAUCAAGAGGGCGUCAUCUUCAUGCUGUGGGGAUCGUACGCACAGAAAAAAGGGGCUUCAAUUAACCGAAAACGCCACCACGUCCUGCAGACUGUACAUCCUUCCCCCCUGUCUGCUCAUCGAGGAUUUUUUGGUUGCAGACAUUUCUCCAAGGCCAACGAGUUGCUAGAGAAAUGUGGAAAGUCUCCCAUAGACUGGAAGGCUCUUUGACUUCUAUCUUGGCUUUUCUGAAGCCCACGUAAACUACAGACCAAACCCACCUAUAAGCUUUUUAGUUCUUCUUCCAGCAGUUUAUUCAUGUUUUUAUAAAACAAUUAAUACCAGCAGAUUGUUCUGUUUUCACUGCAUUGUUCUCUUAGUGGUUUAACUUUUGUAAAUAUUUGUUUUCGUUUUCUGCCCUUUUAGUUUGCACCUUGUUUCCCUUUUUUUUAAACUUUUUUAUGUAAUGUUUGGUACAUUAAAAGGUUUUCUACAGUGUGUAAUGUUUUGGGUGAAUUUCUAAUCAAUGAUAAAUCUAUGUUUGGCACCAUUAAUGAUCUAUAUUUGAUAUUCAAUGCUAAAUUAGGGAAGACUUAAACUCACUGGUAGUGAAAUUAUUCAUUUUGCUUCAAAAUGUAAUAAUAUUAAACAAAAACAUUUUGCGGGUGAGACUUUAAAAAAAAAUAUGUCCAUUGUGGCCUGCAUGUUUGGGAAUCACCCAGAAUGAGUUGGAAAGUCUUGGGAUUCCCCACCAGGCUUGCAUAGGGGAUGUAUGCAUAGUUAUGAAAAUGUUUCCUCCAAAACAGCCUUAAAUUUGUUUUAAAGCUUGCAAGGUAAGGCAUUUUUUCUAACAUGAACUGCUGAAAUAGAUGUAUUGAAAAAAAAAUUUCUGGCCUGUUCAAUAUUGAGCAA